UCCUUCCUCCCCUCCUUCCCCGGGAGCAACGCGGGGCCCUCCGGGGGCUCCCCCCCGGGCCCCGCUCCCCCCCGGCGCUGCGCUGCGCGGCGGCGGCGCGUCCCCGCCCCGGGGCCGGUGGGUGGCGAGGGGCGGAGGGUGCGCGGCGGCGGGGCCGGGCGAGCCGCAGGGCAGCGGGGCCGCCAUGCCCGCCAAGUCCAAGUACAACCUGGUGGACGACCGGCACGACCUCCGCAUCCCCCUGCACAACGAGGACGCCUUCCAGCACGGCAUCUGCUUCGAGGCCAAGUACAUAGGCAGCCUGGAUGUGCCGCGGCCCAACAGCAGGGUGGAGAUCGUGACGGCCAUGCGGCGGAUCAGGUAUGAGUUCAAAGCCAAGAACAUCAAGAAGAAGAAGGUGAGCCUCGUCGUGUCGGUGGACGGCGUGAAGGUCAUCCUGAAGAAGAAGAAGAAGCUUCUUCCCUUGCAGAAAAAAGAAUGGGCCUGGGAUGAGAACAAAAUGCUCGUCAUGCACGAUCCCAUCUACAGGAUUUUUUAUGUGUCCCACGACUCCCAGGACCUCAAGAUCUUCAGCUACAUCGCCAGGGAUGGCUCGAGCAAUGUCUUCAGGUGCAACGUCUUCAAAUCCAAGAAGAAGAGCCAGGCCAUGCGCAUCGUCCGCACGGUGGGGCAGGCGUUCGAGGUCUGCCACAAGCUGAGCCUGCAGCACACCCAGCAGAACGCCGACGGGCAGGAGGACGGGGACAGCGAGAGGAACGGGGACGACCUGGAUGUCCCAGCCUGCCGCCUCACCGCCGUGGAGCGGGCAGCCACCUCGGCUGAGGAGACCGACAUCGACGCCGUGGAGCUGCCGCUGCCCGGGGCCGGCAUCCUCGACUUCAGCCGCGGCGUCACCGACCUGGACGCCGUGGGCAAGGAGGCGAGCGCCGACGCCAAGGGCUGCCUCCACCCCGAGGACAUCCUGACCGCCUCGCCCAAGCUGCUGCUGCCCUCGUCCGCCCCGCUGCCCGACCUGGGCACGCCGCUCUCUGCCCACCACCAGAUGCAGCUCCUGCAGCAGCUCCUGCAGCAGCAGCAGCAGCAGACGCAAGUGGCCGUGGCGCAGGUCCACCUGCUGAAGGACCAGCUGGCCGCGGAGGCAGCAGCCCGGCUGGAGGCGCAGGCGCGCGUGCACCAGCUCCUGCUGCAGAACAAGGACCUGCUGCAGCACAUCUCGCUCCUGGUCAAGCAGGUGCAGGAGCUGGAGCUGAAGCUGGCAGGGAACAACACCACGGGCUCCCAGGACAGCCUGCUGGAGAUCACCUUCCGCUCCGGCGCCCUCCCCGUGCUCUGCGACCCGACCACCCCGCAGCCCGAGGACAGCCACCUGCCGCAGCUGGGCCCCGGCUCGGGCUUCCCCAGCGCCCUGGGCAGCCCCAUAGGUAGGAAUGACUGCCUGGUGAAGCUGGAGUGCUAUCGUUUUCUGCCGGGCUCGGGGCCGCACGCCGCGGAGCCGGCGCUGGGCAGCCUGGAGCUCCUCAAGUUCCGCGAGUCGGGCAUCGCCUCCGAGUACGAGUCCAACACGGACGAGAGCGAGGAGCGGGACUCCUGGUCCCAGGAGGAACCCCCGCGCCUGCUCAACGUCCAGCCCCGGCAGGAUUUGGGAGACAGCCUGGAGGAUGAGAUCGCGGUGUAGGGCACGGCGGGAGGUGGCGUGGAGAGACGGGAGCCCUGGCGGGGCCAGGAACGGAGGAGGGGAGCGCGUGGCACCGUGCCGUGCCCGGGGGAGAUAAGUGGCACCCGGAGAUGUGCCAGCUCGGCAGGAGCAGGGCACAGCCCUCGUCCUUCCCCAGGCUGUGUCCCUGCUGCCGGCCCCGUUGUCCCGAGCUCAGCACCCUCAGCUUCGUGCCAGGCUUGCGCUGCACCCUGGUCCCCCGUGCCUGCCCCUGGGCUGUGUUGAGAGGUCAGGAGGAAGGGAAGCAAAGAGCCCCCAGCACCAUCGCGGCCCCGCAGGGCCCUGUAAUGCUGCUGGCAUUGCUGCCAGAGCCCCGUGGCACACAGCAGCCCCAAACUGAAGGGGUCAGCCCGUGCCUCCUGUGCCAGGUUGGGAGGUGGUGGAAGUGGUGGAACUGCAGGGGGAGCGGUGAGACGGGUGGGAGUCUUUGCUGAGGGAAUGAGGGAGCAGUUGUGGGGUGGUGAGCGGGGAUGGGAGGGAGCCAAGAGCCAGUAUGGGGCGGUGAGUGGGGUUUCUGCAUGUGGAGGUGGUGGGAGAGGAGGCGAGAGCAGGGGGACACCGGGGACGAGCCUGGGAAGGUGAAGGGGUGCGAGGAGGUGGCACAGGAUGGCCGGGCACGGGCAGCAUUGGCAGGGUGCUGGGGUUUGUGGUGUUUUGGGACCGGGUUGGUCCCUGCCCGAGGCAGGAGGAGGGUGUGUGGGCACUGCCUGCCCCUCCCCGGGGCUGCAGAUCGGGGAACCAGGGAGCGCAGCACGGGGUGUGCAGUCCUUCCCCUCGCUGCCCGGUCCUCAGCACGGCUGCCAGGCUUCGAAGCCUUUCUGGUGCUCAUGUUUUUAAGUCCUUCCCUGUACUCACCGCCACCACCGGCUCCCUGCUUCGCUUUAUGGACAAAACCCACCCCAUUUCCCAGCAGGUGCUUGCCCGCGAACCAGGGCUGGCAGUGGCCGUGCGGGGACACGCACAGAGCCUCCUUGGGGAGCGAGCUCUCCUCCUGCAGGCACCCUGCUCGUCUGGAUUUGGGAUGGUUGCUUCGGGGGGGGGAAGCUGAGCCCUAUUUGGGGGUCUCUGCCCCCACGGGAGGUGAUGCCAGCUGUGCACACUGCUGGGAGCUGCCCGGGAGCAGCGGGUGGCACGGGUGAGGAGCGGCUGUGCACGGGGGCUCCUUCAUGAGCCUGGUUUGCACCCUCCAGAGGGGCGAAUCGGGGAUGUCAGGGUCCCCAGCAGCCCCCCAGAGGCCGGUGGUUGUCCUUAGGGCCCCCCAGUGGAGCCUUUCCCUUCUCUGCGAGCACAUUUAUCAGCUGCCCGCUGCUGCAGCCUCCAAGAGGCCAUGAGCCAGAGCCCCCCUGAGGAAAUGCUGGGAGGGCUGGGGGUUGGCACGGUCCUUUUCCCCUCCUUCCACCCUCCUGUCCUGCUUCUGCUUCGCUUCAUUGCUUGCCUGCUGCUCUCCCCUUGGCUGGCUCUGUCUCUGCUCGCUGUGCCUGCGCCUAACCCCUGGCUGCGCAUCUCCCCGCCUCGAGCUCGUGCUCUGCUCCCUGCCGAGGGAGGCCGGUGGCUUCCUCCUGUCCCCGUCCUCUUGGGGCUGAGGAGUGGGGUGUGGGUGAGCCCCCCGGGGUGGGCGAGGGUUGUGCUGGGCGCUGCCCACCCGGCAGGAGCUGGGGGUCCCGGUGGGCCUCCGAGCAGCAGCCAGGGGCUUGCUGGGGACACGAAGGUCGAAGGGACCGUGGGAUGGUGGAGUUCAGGGCCCUUAGGGCAGGGAGGAGGGUGAAAGGCAAACUCGAAAGCCUGGGCUUCACCCGGGGGUGAAGUUAGGGAGGCUGAAGCCAAAAUGGAGCUGGAGCUGGUCAGGGAUGGGGGCACCCUCACGAGGCUGCCCGUGGCACGGAGCUGGGGGCAGUGGGUGACACCGGGAGCCCUGGACGGGCUGGAGAGGCAGCUGGUGGGACUGCAGGAGCUCCACGAGGGGCAGCACCAAUUCCCUCCUUGGAGAUCCUCAAAAACCACCGGGACGUGGUCCUGGGCAGCCUGCUCUGAGCGUCCCGGCUUGAGCAGGGCUCGGAGUGGGUGACAUCCUGAGGGCCCUUCCAGCCUCAGCCCUUCUGUUCUCCUCCUCACCCGGCGCUGCCUACCGAACGCCUCUCUGGCCUCUCACUUUUGUUACGGACCUUGACUGGGAAUUUAUAGCUCUAUUUUUUGUCCUUUCUUUUUCCUACAACUGUCGUGUUACUAACCGUCGACUCAGCCUGUCUGGGAAACCAAUCUGUCAAUGUAAGUGCACUUAACCCUUGGGUGUCGUCAUCAGUUGAUUGGCUUUUGCUAAAUAAAUCUUUCUAUUUCUCAAGGC